AUGGAAGCACUCCAAACCGAUCCCGUCGAGCCACCCGCCCCUCCCCGACUGGCUCUGAAGCUGAUCAGCUCGGGCUUCGCAUUCUUCGUGGCGGGGCUCAACGACGGCAGUCUGGGGGCUCUGAUCCCUUACAUCCGGCAGCAAUAUGACAUCGACACCAACAUGGUCUCCGUUCUCUAUGGAACCACUUUUGGCGGCUGGUUGUUCGCCGCCCUUACGAACAGCUAUCUCAGCCAGUACAUCGACUUGGGUGUUUUCCUCGUCAUUGGAGCGGUCUUGCAGAUAGUCGCUCAUGCCCUACGUGCCUGGAUCCCCCCGUUUCCUUUGUUUGCAGUCGCCUUCUUCAUUGCGACCUUAGGACAGGCCUACCAGGAACCUCACGCAAAUAACUUCGUGACAACCCUGAAAGGUGCCCAUCGCUGGCUCGGCUUCAUCCACGCUAUGUACAUGGGGGGCUGCCUAGCUGGCCCCUUUGUUGCAACUGCUGUCGCCACCGCUGGGAAUAAAUCACAAUGGGGUCUCUUCUAUUCUGCCCCGUUAGGAGUCGGUAUGGUGAAUCUCCUCCUAGUAUGUCUGGCAUUCCGCGAACGAAUCACCUUCAAGCGCCCAGAUCCUGCCACUGAAGUUUCUGCACCUGGAACCUCACGGCAGAGAGACGCUAGAGUUGAAAUGCAGAAGACUUUAGCCAGCCCCAGUGUAUGGCUUCUGAGUUUGUAUUUCUUCUUCUUUCUCGGAGUUGCAAUCACCGCCGGCGGAUGGGUUGUGGAAUACCUCGUCGAAGAGCGUGGUGGAGCUCUAGAUAAAAUGGGUUAUGUCCCUGCUGGCUACUACGGCGGUGCGUUCCUCGGCCGUCUGGUUCUUGCCGAGCCCACGUAUCGUUUCGGGGAGAGACGCAUGAUUGGAAUAUAUGUUGUGCUGUGCCUGGCACUUGAAUUGGUCUUCUGGCUGGUGCCCAAUAUCAUCACCGAAGCGGUCGCGAUCAGUCUUUUGGGAUUUUUCUCGGGGCCUUUCUUUGCUACGGGCAUUUCCGUAGCGUCGAAACUUUUUGCUGCUGAGAUCCGAUCAUCUGCGCUUGCAUUCAUAUUUCUUCUAGGACAGAUCGGAGGAGCGGUGUUCCCUGCCAUUACUGGUGUCAUAGCUGCACAGUCGGGAGUCAAAGUCCUCCAGCCUAUCCUCGUGGGCCUACUAGGAGCUACGGGUGUUUCCUGGCUGAUCAUUCCAAAGCCACGUCUGCAUCAUGAUUAA